CAAUUUCAAGUCCACCACCGAUAUAUAAACAAAUAAAUAUAGAUAUAGAGAUAUAGAUAUAGAUAUGGAUAUAAUGAUUUAGUGAGACCAACGAAUCGCCACGCCGUGGAUGGGCCAGUCACACUCGAUUACUGCCGGAAUCACUAACCGUCGGAGAAACUCCGUCGUGAAAUCGAUGCCGGCGAACGGUCCAAAGGAAUUACGUUCGUUUUUAACGGAAGAGAAUGUUACUGAUGAAGAAAAAUAUCUUUCCGGCGAUAUAUUGAUACUUCCGGACGCGUGUGUAGCGUGCAUUUUUCAGUUUCUCGGAUCCGGUGACCGGAAACAGUGCUCGCUUGUUUGUCGGCGGUGGAAGGAAGUUGAAGGACAGACGCGCCACCGUCUUUCUCUAAAUGCGCAAUCGGAAAUCAUUUCGGUAAUUCCGUCCCUAUUUUCUCGAUUUGAUUCCGUUACUAAACUGUCUUUGAAAUGUGACCGGAGAUCUGUAAGUAUUAGCGAUGAAGCACUGGUUUUAAUAUCUGAGCGGUGCGUGAAUCUCACGCGCUUGAAGCUUAGGUCAUGUAGGCAGGUUACGGAUUUAGGUAUGGUCAGGUUUUCAAAAAAUUGUAAAGGUCUGAAACGGUUUUCGUGUGGUUCGUGUGUUUUUGGAGCUAAAGGAAUGAAUGCUGUGAUUGAUAAUUGUUUGCUGUUAGAAGAAUUGUCGGUUAAACGGCUACGUGGCAUCGGUGAUGGAUCGAAUGGGAUGGAGACGGAGUUUAUUGGAUCUAGUGGUGUAUCUGCAUUGUCUCUUAAGUUUAUAUGUUUGAAAGAUUUAUACAAUGCACAGUGUUUUGGGCCGUUGUUAAUGGGAGCGAAAAAUUUGAGGACGUUGAAGUUGUUUAGGAAUUCUGGAGAUUGGGAUAAGUUGUUGGAGAUGGUUACUGAUAAUGUGGAUGGAUUGGUUGAGGUGCAUUUGGAGAGGUUACAAGUGAGUGAUACCGGUCUUGCAUCGUUCUCAAAAUGUGGAAAUUUGGAAAUAUUGCAUAUAUUGAAAACGCCUGAUUGUUCGAAUUUGGGGUUGGUGUCUAUGGCGGAGAAUUGUAGGCUUUUGAGGAAGCUGCAUAUUGAUGGUUGGAAGACGAAUAGGAUAGAUGAUGGAGGGUUAAUUGGUGUAGCGAAAUACUGUCCUAACCUUCAGGAGCUUGUGCUUAUUGGUGUCAAUUGUACUCGUGUUGGUUUAGAGAUGUUGGCUACAAAUUGCCAGAAGUUAGAGCGGUUGGCAUUAUGUGGGAGUGAAACUGUCGGGGAUGCUGAGAUUUCUUGCAUUGCUGAGAAAUGUACCGCUUUGAAGAAGCUUUGUAUCAAGAGUUGUCCUGUGUCUGAUCAUGGAAUGGAAGCGUUAGCAGGCGGUUGCCCAAAUUUGGUUAAGGUUAAGGUGAAGAAGUGUCGUGGAGUGACUGGUGAUGGUGCAGGCUGGUUGAGGGCUAGUAGGGAGUCGUUGGCUGUUAAUUUGGAUACUACUGAAGUUGAGAGUCAGGAUGCAGCUAGUGAUGGUAAUCCAGAUAUUGUGGUUGAAGACCCUCCCGUAGCUCGCCAAAAUGAUGGGGCUAGUAAUGCUGCUUCUAGCAGUGCUACUCGAUCAACAUCAUUUAAGGCUAGGUUAGGCCUUAUUGCUGGAAGAAGCUUAUCGUCUUGCACAUUCAGGAAGUGGUCCAGCUUUAGUGGUGGUUCUCGGAGUCAAUGAACGUGAGAGGGCCUUAAUGUGAUGAAACAGAUUCACAAAAUGUGCUGGUUUGCUAUACAGUCUUGUUUAACUUUUUGAUUGUGUGCUUCAGCUUUGUGUGUUUAGCCUGGCUUGCUAGUUUUGCAUUCUAAAAUCAGUAUGCAAUGAUGGCAUUUUAUAUGAAAUUUGAUUUGUCUUUCUUUUCA